AAGUGGAACUUGAAGUAGACUGCGAAAGUGUUGUAGUAAUCACAAGUGCAAAGUCUUGUUAUUAUUCAAUUUUAUUUUUUUGGUCAUCUGACAUACUCUCCAAUUACUUUGACUGAAUUCUCUAUAUAAUGUACGUGAAACCACACACAACUAAGUCACUACAAAUCUUUCAAUUUCUAUGAACUUGACCAAUCAUCAAUAUUUUUUUCAAAAACAAAAAAGAAGUGAAGUUAUGGAGGUAGGAAGAGUGCAAUCUAUAGCAAAUAAAACAGCAUCCAAGGACACCAUCCCCUUGGAUUUCAUAUGGCCGGAGAAUGUCCAGCCUGCGAUCACAACCGUUCAUGGGGCCGACAUUGAAAUCCCUUUGAUCGAGCUCGACGACGACGAUGAGGAGAGGUUGAUCAAACUGAUUGCGAAAGCAAGCAGUGAGGUUGGUUUAUUCCAAAUAGUAAACCAUGGAAUACCAAGUGACGUUAUUGAGAGAUUUCAGAAAGUUGGGAAGGAAUUCUUUGAGUUAUCACAAGAAGAGAAAGAAAGAUAUGGUAAGUUUCCUGGGUCAGUAGAAGGAUAUGGGAGUAGCCUUCAAAAGGAAGAUGACGGUAAAAAAGGGAUGAAGAAGGGUUGGGUUGAUCAUAUAUUUCAUAGGGUUUGGCCUCCAUCUGCCAUUAACCUCAGAUUUUGGCCAACAAUUUUGACGUCAUAUCGGGAGGUAAAUGAAGAGUAUGCCAAAUAUUUGAGAAGAGUAGGAGACAAGCUCUUCACAUAUCUCUCACUAGGCCUAGGACUUGAAGGGCAUGAGCUAAAGGAAGGUGCAGGAGGUGAUGAUAUAGAGUACUUGUUGAAGAUCAAUUACUAUCCACCCUGUCCCCGCCCUGACUUAGCCCUCGGCGUCCCGGCUCACUCCGACAUGAGCGCCAUUACGUUGCUGGUACCCAAUGACGUACCAGGCCUUCAAAUUUGCAAAGAUGAUCGUUGGUAUAACGUCAAUUAUGUUCCUAACGCUAUAGUUAUCCACAUUGGUGACCAAAUUGAGAUCAUGAGCAAUGGAAAAUACAAGGCAGUGAUGCACAGAACAACUGUGAGCAAGGACAAAACAAGAUUUUCUUGGCCAGUAUUCUUGGAGCCGCCUUUGGAGCAAAUUGUUGGGCCGAUUUCUAAGCUCAUCAAUAAAGAAAAUCCGGCCCGAUUUACGAGUCAGAAGUAUCGUGAUUAUAGCUCUUACAAGUAUAAUAAGAUUUCCCAGCAAAAAAUUUAAGUUAUGUAGCUAUGCAACUUAAUCUUUGUAUCUUUGUUAAAGUUUUAUAUUGUACUCUUACUCUUUUAGAAAGAGUGUUUACUUUCUCGUUAAAAAUACAAGAACAAGUGUUAUUUUUUUCCAAUAAAACAAGAAUAAGUGUUACUUCAGAAUAACGGUUUCCUAAUAGUUUGUAGAAUAUUAUUAAUUCUGUUUGAAAAUAUAUGCUACACUACAUGUGUAGACUCGCUGAUGUGUCCCA